CCAGAACCCAACAAAACUAACCAGCCAUCCCAGGAGUCCGCAGACACAGACCUGGACAAGGAGGAAGCUGCAGGCUUCAUCAAUACUUGGUCAGGACUCCAUCACUACACAUGACCGGCAUCCUCAUUUCACUCCUGGUUAGUGAACUCUGAGCUUCUGACUCCUUCCUCAGCAGCAGCAGCUCCAGUCAUCACAGCAACAACUUCCAUAGCUGGUACACUUUGAAAGACAUGAAGAUACUUGGCCACAUGACCUUCUUCCUUUUGCUUGGUGGUAUCUGGGCUCAGAACAACCGUAAUGCUAAAGUGAGUGGGAAAUCUGCAAAGAGGGGUGGUGGGGCCCAAGCAGGUGACGCUGGCCAUUCCAACCCAGCGGCUGAUUCUUCUCAAGGGAGCAGCAGAAGUUCUGGGAGGCCAGCUGACUCGAGACAGGACAGUGCUUCUGGAACUCGUGCAGCUGUACAACAGACGGAUGAGAUGAGGCUGCAGUUUCUCAGGAGCGCCCAGGUGACUUGCAAUGACGGAUCUGCGGCUGGGUUUUACCUAAAGGAGUUCAGAGGAAGCCGCAGAUGGCUGUUAUUUCUGGAAGGUGGCUGGUGCUGUUACAGCAAAGAGACCUGUGAUUCCAGGUACCAAAAUACCCCCCGGCUAAUGAGCUCAUCAGGGUGGCCCCAAACUAAAAGAGGGACUGGACUAUUGUCGUCUCAAGCAGAAGAAAACCCACACUGGCAUAAUGCAAACCUUGUAUUCAUCCCAUACUGUUCCAGUGAUGUAUGGAGCGGCACGGGCCCUACCCCAACCCCUGCUCCAAGAACCAGACAAGGAAAAGACAAAGUCAAAGAAAGAAACACAAAUGCAACUGAGUAUUCUUUCAUGGGAUCCCUUAUUAUCCGGGAGGUCAUCAAAGAUCUCAUCCCCAAAGGAAUCAAGCAGGCCAAGGUUGUCAUGCUGGCUGGCACCAGUGCUGGUGCAACAGGUGUUUUGCUCAACAUUGAGAGGGUUGCCAGCCAGCUGGAGCAGCUAGGCACUGAGGCUCAGGUGCGAGGUCUGGUGGAUUCUGGCUGGUUUCUAGAGAGUAAGCAGCAGCGGUCCCCCAACUGCCCUGAGACUGUUUCCUGCACACCAGAAGAUGCUAUCAAGAUAGGACUUAGGUUGUGGAAUGGUGUUGUUCCGGAUAGGUGUCGGCAGCUCUACAGAGGGGAGGAAUGGCAGUGCUUCUUUGGUCACAGACUAUACUCUACUUUGACCUCUCCCCUCUUCAUUGUGCAGUGGCUGUUUGACGAGGAGCAGCUCAGAGUGGAAAACAUCUACAUGGGAGGUCAGAGUCUGUCUGAGGAACAGUGGCAAUACAUCCAGAAUCUGGGCUUGGAGAUCAAAAGCUCCCUGAGAGAUGUGACAGCGGUAUUUGCUGCAUCCUGCCUCUCACACACAGUCAUCACCAAAAGCACCUGGCUGAGUUUCCAAGUUAAAGGCACAUCUCUGCCACGGGCCCUCCACUGCUGGGACAGAAGUCUGGAAGCGAUUCGAAACAACAGAACACCAGCUAAAGGAUGUCCUUUCCACCUGGUGGACACCUGCCAGUGGCCGCAAUGUAACCCCACCUGUCCAGCUUUGGUGGACCAGGCCACCCAGCAGCAGCUUACUUUGCUCCAGAUGCUGGUUGCCAUGGGCCUUGACCCACAAAAGCUUGGCUUGGAUCCCGAGAGAGAAGCAGAUUCUCUGGCCAGCAUGGUCAGAAAUGGUGGCUAGGUGGAAAAUUCAAGAGGAAGCAAAGGCAAAGGAAAAUUCAAUGGAAAAGAAAAGUGCUUAAAUUUUAAUGUAACCGUAGAAAUCCUUUUAGAAAUCUGGUUACGAUGCGUUGUCCUGUUCAGCAUUCCAUAAUGCUCCACAUCUGUGACUCGGCUGGUUUGGUAUGUUGCAGCAUCUGGGUUUGUGUUUACUGCGCCCUCUACUGUUCAUAAGAGGGAAGAGCUUAGAAUUAGAGGUAUUUCAGCUAUCCUGGUCACUGAGUUUUGACCUUUUCCAGAUGUCAGGACAUAAGCUAAAACACACUUUCAUCCUAAUCACUCUAACAUCCAACACCAGAGAACAGGCAUGUUAGUAGAGGCACAGAUAUAUGUAAAAUAUAUACAGCUUCAAGAGGUCUAAAACAAAAAUAAAUGUUAUAGCAUAUAAUCCAGAAAACUGUUCAUACACACACAAAUAAAAAACAGCCGUAAUAUGUGGUUUGUUUAGUUUUAUUUUUACCAGCUAAUGCUUUACUAACUUAUUUUAAAAAAACAUAAAUAUAGUAGUAUGAGUUAUUGAUGUGUUUUCUUUAUCACUGCUCUACCAUAUUUAAUCAUUCAGUUUGUUCUAAUCUGUGAGGUAAAAUGGAAAUAUCAAACAUGCUGAUGCUCUGGUCAUUCACUGCUCAGUUGUUAUCUCUUAUACCUGCUGUCAUGCAAAUUACCAGCUAUUACCAUUUCUGUCAUUAAUUCUUGUCAUGCAUACUCUGUAAUCUUGCUCCUAUAAUGUUUUCAUUCUUAGAUAUAUUAUUUCCAAGUCACUAUGUUAGUAAAGUCAACUGAUGUACAUGUUAAAACAUAAAAUAAAAUUUUGAAUCCUG